UGAGUUCAUUUCUAAGAUUGUGCCUCCUGCUUAAAGCUUCAUUACCAAGCUUGGUAAUACACUAGCCCUGUGAACCACAGGUAGGUGUUUGGAUACACAUACACCUGUCACGGUGAGAGAUGGGGCAGCUGACCUGGAGGACUCAAAGCUUUGGUUACAGGAAGACUUGUUAUAACGCUCUCCCAUGCUGUGUACCUGUGGCCUGUCAGUGGUCUGUUGGCACACUGCAGGAAAGGGAGCCUGUACUUAGAUUUAGUGCAGUGGUAUUUAAAACUCCUUGGCUUUAUUCUCAUUUUAAAAACAUUUUAUAUUCCUUACAGCACAUGACAGUUUUCAUCUGUGAAGAGAACAGAGCUGUUCCUUAGGUGUCCACAGACUUUAGUUGGGCAUCGCUAAUGCCUCUGUUUCCUGGUUUGUAAAAUGGGAUCACUAGUGGCAUCACUUGUAGAAAUUUUGUGAGGGUGAUGUUGGGAAGGGAUCUGUGAAAAUUUCUUGCAGAAUUCUCACAAAAAAUUCUGAAGUGCCUGUUUCUGCUUUAAAUCCUUUCUGGGAAAAAUUUAUAAGUUAUCCUCAUUUUGUAAUAAGGAAAUAAUAAAAAGAGGCUAGGUAAUUUCCAGAAGGAAAUAUAGUUACAGAGCAGGCUUCAAACCCAGCCCAGCUCUGGGUGUUUUGAACUCAAGCCCAUAAUUACUAUACAUGUUAUAGCAACUCCAGGGAAAGGGUAAAGCUCAGGCUAUCCGCUGAGCACAUGCUCAUCUGAUUCUGCCUACCUGCUCUUCGUGAUGGAGUUGGGAUGUGGUUUGGGUAGUGUCAGGCUGAGGCCCUCAAUGGGGGAAUAAAACUGAAGGUGGACAGUUAGGAGUUUGGCCAGUGGGGGCCAGUAAGCUUGUACUGAUGUUCACUGGGGCGCAACGAUGAACCUUCCUAACUGCCCAUUGACACCAGUGUGAAGUAGAAACCAAGUCAGGGUUACUUACUGGACACCUGUGGAGUCCUCCAAGUGGAAAAACCCUGUUUUUCACCCAGUGUGUACCUCUCAUAAGCCCUUGGAGAUAGUACACUUUUGUUUUCUUGGCUUGUGCUGCAGCCAGUGGUUAAAAAUUAUGUGCAGUGGUAGAGCACAAGAUCCUGGGUUCACUCCUCCGCACUGAAAAAAUGCAUGCUUCAAAGCUGAAUUUUGUAUGUAAGAAUCUUUGAGCAUAUAUCCCAAGGUAUACAGUACAACAAUGACUAUUUGAAAAAUAUACUUCAAGGGGCUGGGGAUUUAGCUUAGCGGCAUAAGCGCCUGCCUUGCAAGCAGGCAGUCGUGAGUUCGAUCCCUGGUACUGGUAAAAAUACAAAAAAAAACAAAAAACAAAAAAACAAAAAAAAAAAAAAGGAAAAAAAAUAUACUUCAAAUUGGCAGUGUGCAUGUUUUCUCAUUGAUAAAGUAAGGAUAAUAAAUCUAUCUUAAAAUUGUAAGAUGAAACUAUUAAAACUGUUGCCUCGUCCCCCAGUUUUCUCCUCCAAAGUUUCAAUACUGGAAUUGUCUCUAGCUUCCUGUUAUGCUGCAAACAAAUCUGUGACCAUUUCCUUGGGAACGUUUUACGUAAGUGUCCUUCAGUAGGUAACUUUGGGGAUGUCAGCAAUAUCAAGUGCGAGGAAGUUACAGAUUUGAGAAACCUACAGCUUGUCAUAGUCAUUGGAUUUGGCAUUCGUGACUUCCUGUCUUGAGUGUAGAGAAAGCUAUUCCCAUCCAUCUAAAGAUGUUUAUAUGGAUUUUUAAAAAAAAUGAGUGGUACAGUAAUCUCAGUCUUUGAAACCAUCCCAAGUUAGGUGCCAUUUAUUAUUCUUGUUUGUUUAAAAAGAAAAAACCUCACUAGAGAUUGUACAGCUAGAGAAUAUAUGGUGCAUGCCUGUAAUCUCAGCACUCUGGAGACUGGCUGGAGGAUCGCGAGUUGUAGGCCCGCCUGGGCUACACAGCAAGUUUAAGGCCUGCCUGGCCUACAGAGGAGACCUGUUUUCAAAAAAUCAAAACCAACCAAACAAAACCCGAGUCUACUUUGUGUUUUACACUGGCGAUCUGAAACUGCUAAGGGCGUGGGACUUCUUUGGGUCAGCUUGUACAGCGUCAAGAACCUUGGACGAUGGACAAAGAAGAAACGUGAUUGCCUCGUCGUCAAAUGCAAACCGGACGGCGGAAGUACGAACACGUUGCGAGCUAAUCUCACUAGUAUUUCCGCCGCUUCUGAGCAACCUCCACCACUUCCGCCUCUGGCCCCGCCCAUGCCACUGUCCACUUCCGUUUCGCGUUUAAGAAUUUUUGUCCCCAAGGCCGAGCCGUCUUCCCGCCUUCCUUGCUGCUAUGGCGGCAGCCCCGCCGCUCUCCAAGGCCGAGUACUUGAAACGUUACCUGUCCGGGAUGGAUGCCAUCGUCGACGGGGGACCCGCGCCCGGUCGCAAGCGGCGCAAAAAGCGGCCGAAGCCUGAAGGGGCCGGCGGUAAGGGAAUGCGGAUUGUUGAUGAUGACGUGAGCUGGACAGCUAUCUCUACCUCAAAACCAGAAAAAGAGGAGGAAGAUGAUGGGGAUUUGCCUGUGGUGGCGGAGUUUGUGGACGAGCGGCCGGAAGAGGUAAAGCAAAUGGAGGCCUUUCGUUCUAGCACCAAAUGGAAGCUUUUGGGAGAUCACAGUGAAGACCCACCCUUACAUAGUCAUUUCCAUCAUGAUACUCCAGAUUUAUCUCCCAGGAGGGCCCGUCACGACACCCCGGAUCCAUCACCUCCCAGAAAGGCCCGUCACGAUACCCCAGAUCCAUCUCCUCCCAGGAGGACCCGUCACGAUACCCCAGAUCCAUCUCCUCCCAGGAGGGCCCAUCGUGAAACCCCAGAUCCGUCUCCUCCCAGGAGGACACGUCACGACACGCCAGAUCCAUCUCCUCCCAGGAGAGGCCGUCACGACACCCCGGAUCCAUCUCCUCCCAGGAGGGCCCAUCACAAAACUCUAGAUCCGUCUCCUCCCCGGAGGGCCCGUCAUAAAACCCCAGAUCCGUCUCCUCCCAGGAAGGCCCGUCACAAAACCCCAGAUCCAUCUCCUCCCAGGAGGGCCCGUCACGACACCCCGGAUCCCUCUCCUCCCAGAAAGGCCCGUCACGACACCCCGGAUCUGUCUUCUCCCAGGAGGGCCCGUCAUGACACCCCAGAUCUGUCUCCUCCCAGGCGAACCCGUCACGACACCCCAGAUCCCUCUCCUCCCAGGAGGGCCCGUCAUGACACCCCGGAUCUGUCUCCUCCCAGGAGGGCUCAUCAAGACUCUGACACAUCUCUUUCCAGGAGGGUCUGCCGUGGCUCCUCAGAUGCGUUCCCCCUUAGGAAGUCUCAUCAUAAUUCUUCAGAUGUAUCUCCCAGAAGAGUUCCUUGUGAUUCCUCAGAUGUGUCUUCCUCCAGAAGGCCUCAUAGCAGUUCCUCUGACACGUCCCGACCUAGGAGGACUCUUGACUCCUCAGACACACACCAUCCCAGGAGGGGCCAUCAUGACUCCUCUGACUUGGCCCCUGAUGUUGCUCAUUCAUUGCCCAGAACCAAAAGUAGCAGAACCCCAGAAAGAGCCUCCUCCAAGACUUCUUCACACUGGAAGGGACCCACUCAUCCGUCCCUCCUGAAGAACAUCAAAAGUGAAUAUGACUCAGACCUCUCUCCUGCACGAAAAAAGCAAGCAAAAUCCCAUUUUGUAGAUAAGAAGCAUCUUGAUUCUAAAGGUGACUGCCAGAAAGCCUCUGAUUCAGAUCUUUCACCUCCACGGCGUAAACGGAGUCCAGGGCAUCAGGCUUCUGAUUCAGAUUUGUCACCUCCAAGGAACAGACCAAGACGCCAGAGCUCCGAUUCUGACCUCUCUCCCCCAAGGAGAAAACCGAGGACCAAAUCUUCUGAUUCAGAUCUGUCUCCGCCUCGAAGGAGUCAACCUCCUGGGAAGAAGGCUGCGCACAUGUAUUCUGGGGCUAAAACUGAGUUGGUGCUAACUGACAUACAGCAAGAACAGCAGGAGCUCAAAAAGCGGGACCAAGAAAACGUGGCCUUUGAAGCUGAAUUCCAGUUUGCUGAAACUGUGUUUCGUGACAAGUCUGGUCGUAAGAGAAAUUUGAAACUGGAACGUCUAGAGCAGAGGAGAAAAGCAGAGAAGGACUCGGAACGAGAAGAGCUGUAUGCCCAGUGGGGCAAAGGGCUUGCCCAGAGCCGGCAACAGCAACAGAAUGUGGAGGACGCAAUGAAGGAGAUGCAGAAGCCUCUGGCCCGCUAUAUUGAUGAUGAGGAUCUGGAUCGGAUGCUGAGAGAACAGGAAAGAGAGGGAGACCCGAUGGCCAACUUUAUCAAGAAAAAUAAGGCCAAGGAAAACAAGAACAAGAGAGUGAGACCCCGAUACAAUGGCCCAGCGCCUCCUCCAAACAGAUUCAAUAUUUGGCCUGGAUAUCGCUGGGAUGGAGUAGACAGAUCCAAUGGGUUUGAACAGAAGCGCUUUGCCAGGCUUGCCAGCAAGAAGGCAGUGGAGGAGCUUGCCUACAAGUGGAGUGUUGAAGACAUGUAGCUCCCGGAGGCUGUGGGUUGGGGUACAUUUGCCCGUGCUAAUAAUUGGGGCCCUCACAGACUAGCAACUUGGUGAAUGCCAGUUUUGACCACAAAGGAAUACUUGAGACCUGCUCUAUGGACUGAGGCACCUGCACUUCUGAAGUGUGACGGCUCUGUAGCUGGUUUCUGCAGGAAGUGGUGAUUUCUGAAUUCCAAGGUUUGUUUGGCUAGGGUCUUUCUUUUUCUGUUUUUAAUAAAUAUACAUUUAUUUUUUUAAAGUCA